CGCGUUUUGUAUGAAGAUGGCGGCUCCCACCGCCAGCAAGGCAGCCUCCCUGGGCUGUAACAACAAGCCUGCGUUCCCGGAGCUGGAUUUCAGGUCGGGAGCUCGGGUGGAGGAAUUGAACAAACUCAUCCAAGAAUUCUCGAAGCACGACCAGCGGGAAUAUGACGACCAGAGAGCACUGGAGAUUCACACAGCCAAGGAUUUCAUCUUUUCCAUGCUGGGAAUGGUGCAAAAGCUGGACCAAAAACUUCCAGUGGCCAAUGAGUAUCUAUUGCUUUCUGGAGGAGUCCGGGAAGGCGUGGUAGACCUGGACUUAGAUGAGCUUAAUGUCUAUGCCCGAGGGACCGACUAUGAUAUGGACUUCACUCUUCUGGUGCCAGCCCUGAAGCUUCAUGACCGUAAUCAGCCUGUGACACUGGAUAUGCGCCAUUCAGCCUUGUGCCACUCUUGGCUGAGCCUUCGGCUCUUUGACGAGGGGACGAUCAGUAAGUGGAAAGACUGUUGCACCAUCGUCGAUCACAUCAAUGGUGCCACCAACUAUUUCUUCUCCCCAACCAAAGUGGCUGACUGGUUCUAUGACUCCAUCAGCAUUGUCCUAUCAGAGAUACAGAAGAAACCCCAGCGAGGGAUGCCAAAGGUGGAAAAGGUAGAAAAGAAUGGGACCAUCAUCUCCAUCAUUCUGGGCGUGGGGAGCAGUCGCAUGUUGUACGAUAUUGUCCCAGUGGUCUCUUUCAAGGGUUGGCCGGCAGUGGCCCAGAGCUGGCUCAUGGAGAACCACUUUUGGGAUGGGAAGAUCACUGAGGAAGAAGUCAUAAGUGGGUUUUACCUGGUGCCUGCUUGCUCCUACAAGGGAAAGAAGGACAAUGAGUGGCGGCUGUCCUUUGCCAGGAGUGAGGUGCAGUUGAAGAAGUGUAUCUCCAGCAGCCUCAUGCAGGCCUACCAGGCUUGCAAAGCCAUCAUCAUUAAACUGCUGUCCCGGCCCAAGGCUAUCAGCCCCUAUCACCUGCGGAGCAUGAUGCUCUGGGCCUGCGACAGACUUCCUGCCAGCUAUUUGGCCCAAGAAGACUAUGCAGCCCACUUUUUGCUGGGCCUCAUUGAUGACCUGCAACACUGUCUGGUCAACAAGCUGUGUCCCAAUUACUUCAUCCCACAGUGCAACAUGCUGGAGCACCUGUCCGAGGAGACGGUCAUGCUCCACGCGCGGAAGCUCUCCUCUGUCCGCUCAGACCCGGCGGAGCACUUGCGCACCGCCAUCGAGCACGUCAAGGCAGCCAACCGGCUGACACUGGAGCUCCAGAGACGAGGGAGCACCACUACCAUCCCCUCCCCGCAGUCCGACGGAGGGGACCCCAACCAGCCCGAUGACCGUCUGGCCAAAAAACUGCAGCAGCUAGUGACUGAGAACCCGGGGAAGUCGAUCUCCGUCUUCAUUAACCCUGAUGAUGUGACAAGGCCCCAUUUCAGAAUUGAUGAUAAAUUUUUCUGAGCGUUUUUGCUGCCUUUUUUUCCCCUCUGGUUCUAAAACUCUCAUAAUAUGUAGUGUGGUUUGUGAUGCCGUCUUUCUGUUUUUUACAUAUCCAGCCUAGGUUGGAUCUGUUAAGAACAUAUUUUAAGUUUCCUGGUUCUGCAGGAUGGUGCAGGCUCUGAAACAGUAUAUUACUAUUUCAUAUUCUGCCUCUGAUUUUGUUGUUUACUUUUUGUAGUUAUUACACAUUGUUUUGGUGUUUUUUUUGUUUUUUUUUUUUUUUAAGGAGAACUUGAGCCAUAGAUGAAAAUACCCAUGAAUUCUCUCACUUUUUUAUGUUUCAUACUUCGUGCUUUCAUACUUUUGUUCAUGGGAGUGGGG